ACUAGCCCUGGCAACCACUGCUAGAGUUCAGUGUACCCUAGUAACCAUGGAGGAUGAGCUAAACGGCAAAGAUGUCACACAAGAACAGAAAGAAUUCCUCAACAACCAACUCGAAGAACUAAAAUGUUCCAAUGCAGCCCUCCUGGCAGAGAUCGACAUGUUCGAACGGUUCAUCGGCCGCAUGGGCCCCCAGGACCUGGCGUCCCAUGCUGGGGAAGAUGAUCCAGGGGCAGCAGGGGGAGCCUCCCAGCUGGAGGGCGGGGGUCGUGGACGGAGGCGGAGGUCCCGGUCCAACAUGUCAGAUCGCCUCCAUCAGCUGACUUUGGAACAAAAACUGUAUGUGGCACAGAAGGAAGUAACAGAGACACAACAGGACCAGGAGAAACUCAAACAGAGAUAUGAGAGAAUUCAGGACAACUACAAGGCCUCUCUCAAAGAAGCAGAAUUGCGUCAUGCAGAAAUCAGGAAGGCUAAGAACGAGUUUGAACGCAGACUGCUCAAACCUAUGAAGGACAACAGGUUGGAAAUGAAGGAGCCUGAGAAGGUGCUCCAGUACAUCGAAGACAAGUCAAAGGUCCCCCAGUUGGAGAAGUUUAAUCUGAAGAACCGGGCACUGAAGGCCCACGAGAAGAAGCUCCAGCAGCAGCUUCAACAGAAAAAAGAGAUGGGAAAAGCCGAGUACGAGGACAUUUUCCAGGAGUACAGCGAGCAGAGAAUUGACAAAAACCUGGACGAACUUCAACUCAACAAUUUGAAAGUACAACGUGUCCUCAGUUCACACAAGGAGAAGCUGCAGCAAGUGACAUUGGAGUCCACAGAGCUGAGCAAUGACAUCACCAACAGGAAGCAGAUGCUGGCAAAAAUUGAGGAGGAGAUACAGCAUGCCGAAGAGGAGCGUUUGAAGGCGGAGGCCCUCAACCAGCACCUGCGGCGCCAGCUGACAGAUUAUCAGGCUCCUGAUAUCACCGAGUACAUGCACGUCAAGGACAAACACAAGAAGCUGCAGCAGAGCGUUCACACUUGGGAGAGGAAGGUUGGGAUCGCUGAGAUGGCCUUGAAGAGCCACACCAAAGCCUGGAGCGCACAGAGAGCCCCUCUUACUCCUGCAUACAGAUCUGAGGCUGGAGCUAGAUCAGGAGAGCACCAAAUCCCAGUGAAGCUCCCACACAUAGCACAACACCGCACAUAGAGAACUAGAGAAUCAAAAAAGCCUAAAAAAAAAAUAAAAAAUGCUAUGCCAAUGCUCCGUCACAAUAUUCCAGUCAUCCAACAUCUGAUGAUUUGUGACGAUCCUUCGAUACUUUCUUGUAAUGCCUGUUGGGGAAAUGUAGAGAGAAAACAAUGCACUUUUGUCUCGAAGCUUUAAAGGUCCCAUGGCAUGAACAUUUCACUUUAUGAGUUUUUUUUUAACAUUAAUAUGUGUUCCCC